ACACUGAGACCAGAAAGGAAGGCUCCCCUCUAACUAUCUCUUUCUUUGCAAGAAACAAGAUCUUGAUCUUUGGACUGCUAGAAGAGACAGCUCUGGCCGCCUUUUUGUCCUACUGCCCAGGCAUGGGGUUGGCCUUACGAAUGUACCCACUCAAGGUCACAUGGUGGUUCUGUGCCUUCCCCUAUAGUCUCCUUAUCUUCAUCUAUGAUGAGGUCCGAAAACUCAUCCUGCGGCGCUAUCCUGGUGGCUGGGUCGAGAAGGAGACAUACUACUGAGCUGAGCAGAGGAUGAACCAGGCACCAAACAGAUAGGGGUGCCCUGUUGGGGGGUGGGAAAGGGUGGGUACAUCUGAGAUAAAGUUGUGGGAGGGUUGUAGGGAGGUGGGAGGGCAGCCCAGCCAACUGAGGUUUGGGCCAGGGUAGGAUAGGAAUGGGGUGUAGGGUGAUUGCCCUGUAGACCUAACUGUGAAAAAUCAGUCUAGACACUAAAUGUUGGGAUCCCCUCCCCAGGUCCUACCCCUACUGUGUUCAUCUCUCCUGCUCUUCAUGGAGGUUUGGAACCAUUCUAGCCUCCAUAACUCCCCAUAGAGAUCAGGUUGCAAUGGCAGAGGAAUCUAUGAGUCUGAGGAUAAUGCCCAGGCUUGGAGAGGAGAGAAAACCGUUUAGGUCCUCAGUGACCUAGUGCCAUUCUGUUAUCUCACCUCACUCCAUUCCCUGUUACCACCUAUUCAUUUUCUCUCCAACCAACUCUGUCCUCAAUGGUCCCCACUUCCCUGGCCCAGACCUCAAAACCACCAUCUACUUCUGCUAGUGCGAAACGGGAGUGUGUGAAACAGGAGCCUAAGAACAGGUCUUCCCCAUAGGGACUCCACACGUAGGGAACAAUAUGAAACAGGUAGAAAUGCUCUAAAUCAGAGAGAGACAAGGCCAAAUAGAGAACAAAGGAGAGGGAGGAACAGAAAGGGGAUAGCUAGGAGGGGUAAGAUCAGCCAUCAGUUGUUGAAAGAAACAGAUGAGGAAUCAGAUUGCAAGAGAUGGUGACGGUGGCUUUUGAAGCAUUUUGACAUUUUUAUCAAUAAGCCUUGCCCCAGAUGUGUCUCUGUUGUAGACGAGGACAGGACCCAAUCAGCAGACAUCCAAAUUCUAAUUCUUGAAAAAAUAGUGACAGAUAAUGCUAAAAAAAAAAAACAAAAAAAAACAGCACAGGAAGUUGCAACUCAGAUACCAACUACACCAUGAUCCAGGUGUUCCCAGCAAACUGUAGGAGUUAAAUUAAUGUGCACAAAAGGGCAACUACAACUUCUCCCUCAUAGUGUCCUUUGGGAUGGGAUGCUGAGUCUUCAAGAGCCUCCUAAUUGUGUGGAAGAAAGAAUUUACCAGGUCACUAUUCCCUUUGAAACAAUUUAUGCCCUGUCAUGGUAAAUGUGCCUGGCAUGGCCAACCUAGCCCUCAAGAAGAAAAAGCCCACGUUUUCAGAAUCAAAUUGUGACCCCAAAGACUCAAACUUCUUUGACAAUCCAAGGCAGGCUAAAGGGGUAAAACCACCAUGCCCUUCGGUUUCUAGGAAUGCAAGGCAAUUUCUGCCCAGACAAAUGCCUUUCACAUAGUCUGAACACUCAUCAACACUUAGCAUUAUACAAUCUCCACAAAACGGAGGGAUCACUUCAGAUCCCUACCAUAAUUGAACUCCUUUCCCAUACAACUACCAACCUAGUACUUUCACUCUCUGGGCACUUUUAUCCUCUUUUCCAACUCUAGCUCAAGGAGCAAAGGGUAUGCCCUAUAGAAAGCACUGAGCAAGUGAGAGAGACCAAUGGGGGAAAAGAAAGGAAGAGUGGCUAUAAAGGGAUAAAAACUUAUUAGUAAGGUAAGGAAGAGAAACAGAUAUAGAGCAAAUCCCAUAACAAAAUCCCAGUUGACCGUCCAUAUUCUUGAGUUGUACCAGUUAAUUUUUUUAUUAGAAGUCGCCUAAGGCUUAAAAAUCUUGUCUAUGAAAAACCGCCUUAAUUUGAACCCUACAAGUUUGGAAUUAAUGAAAAUUCAGACAAAAAAUUUUUCAUUAUCUAUGGGAAAAAAGAAUUUCCUAAGAAAAAUUAAAUGAGAGCAUAAGCAGGAUUAUUGGGGGGCAUAUUUAGUAGUCAAAGCAAAUUAUAGCCACUUAGGAGCAUUUAUUUACAAUGAAUUACUAUGAACGUGCUAAUUAAUUACAAAUGAUUUUUAUCUAUUCAUUAAAGAAACAUCCAGACUUGGUGAGCCUUUGUUGCCUUUAGUUUGAGUCACUGUAUGUACUUUAAAAACAAUAAAAAUAUAUUUCCUUUUUAAAAAAAAA